GUGUCAUACAUUCCAAACUAUCUUAUCGAGUAUUUGUUUGAUCCACUUGAUAAUAGUAGUAUAGUUAUGUCAUUGAUGCUAUUCUUUAUUAUGAAGGUUUCAUUAACCUUUUCACAACAUGAGUAAACAAAUUUGGGAUAGUGUAGACUCAUUUGAAUGUUAUACAUAGUGAUAAGGAUCUUCCAUUGUGCAUUACCAUAAACACUAAGGAUUAUCUAUCUUAAAUGAUACUUUAUAAUGAUGUUUAAUGUUUUGGAAGUGAUAAUAAUAUGGAUUUAGUAAAAACUGAAGCAACUUGUUUACCAGCUGGUCGAUAUGAAUUUAAAGAUUCUGGUUUAUAUAUUGGUGAAUGGUUAAAUGAGAAAGCUGUUGGUUUAGGUUUAAUUACAAAAGAUAAAUGUCAAGGUGAAUAUACUGGUUUAUGGGAUUCUGGUUCAGAGAAAAGUGGUGUAUUUUUAUGGCCAAAUGCACCAGGUGCUAUGUAUGAAGGUGAAUGGGCACAUAAUCGACGUAAUGGUUAUGGAAUAUUUACACGAGAAGAUUGGGUUAUUAUGGGACAAUUUAAAGAUGAUUUUAUUAAAUGUGGAAUAAAAUGUAAAGAAGAUUCAAUUGGAAGAUUUGAAGGUGAAUUUGAAAAUGGCUUUCCUAGUUUUGGUGUAGAAACUUAUGCAGAUGGAGGAAGUUAUGCUGGUGAAUAUAAAAAUGGUGUACGUGAAGGACUUGGUGUACGUACAUCUAUACCAUAUGGGGAAGUAAUAAAUUUUUUCCCUGAAGAAGCUGCUAUUGCUGCAGAAAUUGCUUUAGAUAUUAAAAAACGUACAGCAUUACAAAAUCUAUUAAACUCAACACAUCAUACUCAUCAUAAUAUUACUAAUACUGACAACAGUACACAUCAUAUUGUCAAUAAUAAUAAUAACAACAACAAUACAGGAACACGUCGUGGAAGUCUUCUAAGUCAAAGAUCUGGUGAUGUAGCUGAAUUAGAAGAUCCAGAAUUAAGUGGACAAGAUGAUAAUGAAGAUGAACCAUAUUUUGGUCGUCGUCCAAAUCCAUCAAAUAUUCAUAAUAAAGAUUUUAAAGAUUUACGUAUGUCAUGUAAAUUUAAAUGUGGUUUUGUAUUAUCAUCAAAACGUAGUGAAUUAAUGUUAAAACGUCAACAAAAAUUGAAUCAUAUUGGUAGUGGAUCAUUAAUGAAAUUUCGUAAAGAAUUAAAUCAUAAUAAAACAAAUCGUCGAUCAAAAUCAUUAACAAAUUUGUUUAAUCGUUCAUUAAGUAAAGAAUCAAUUGCAUGUGUUCGACGUCAAGGCAGUAUAACAGAACAUUCAGCACGAGCAAAGAUUAAAGUGGAACAAACACCUGAAUCAGUAUUCACAUUAGAUCAGGUAGAUGCUAUCGAUCCUGAAACAGUUGAAACAUUUGCUGGUCAAUGGGAAGCUGAUUCACGUCAUGGUUAUGGAGUAUGUGAACGAUCUGAUGGUGUUAUUUAUGAAGGUCAAUGGGUGAAAAAUCAACGACAUGGUUAUGGUCAAACACAUUUUCCUGAUGGAGUAUGCGAGCAAGGAAAAUAUCAAAAUGGUAAAUUAGUAUUUCUUUCUUGGCCAAAAGGAGCGAAAUCAUAUUUAUUAUUAUAUAAUUAUCAUAUUAUGCGUGAAGUGGCUAAUGCUGUAAAACGUGCUAGAAAUAUAGCUGAUGAUGCUUUCGUUAAAGCAAAUGAAGCUAGAGAGAAUUUAGCUAAAGUUGAGAAUGCAGUGCAACUUUCGAAAAAAGCUGCUGAAUUAGCUCGUGAUUAUUCAUUAGAAACACGUGAAUUAGUCAAAGAAAUGUAUCCAGAUUUUGAACAACCUGGUAUAAAGUAUUUAGAAGAUAUGGUACGUCUUAUGAAUAUAACAAAACGUGGUAAUCAAGCAUUUGAUACAGCACUUCAAUCAGCUAAAGAUGUAAUAGCUACUGUUGAAGCAAAUUUAAUUGAACAUAAUCAAUCACAAGAACAAAAUUUAGAAGAAAAUCAUGAACAGAAUGAUCUAAACUAUCCAUCAUUAGAUUUGGAUCCAAUGAAACCGAUUCAGCAUAAUAGUGGUAUUCCAUUAUCUAGAGCUGGAUCAUAUCGUUUAAAACGUCAUAAGAAACAUCAUUCAAAUAAACAUAAACAUGAAAAUGAUAAGAUGCAUUCAAUUGAAAUGAAGAAUAUUGAAUAUACAACUGGAAAUGAUAUUGACAAAUCAUUAACACUUCAAAUACCACAAGUGAAUGUUGAUUGUUCAUUUUCUCAACAAAUAAAUAAUGAUAAAUCAAUAUUAAAUAAUAAAUUUCCUAGUCCUACGAUGACAACAACAUCAGAGAACAGUUUACAUGUACCAAAUCUUAAUUAUUAUACUAAUAGAAUAGAUAAUGAUAUAUCAUCUGAAUGUGAUUCAAUAGAAGGAGAAAGUCGUACAACACGUAGUUCAUCAGAAGCAUCAAAUUAUGUCAUUUUACCAACAUUUAACAUUCUCAAACCUCAAACAGAACCAUUAACAAUUCCAUUGAAUAAAUUAAUGUCAAAUACAACAGUAAUGGAUGAUUAUUUUGGACAUUAUAAAAUGACACCAAAACAAUCACCAUCAUUAUAUAAUGAAAAACGUUAUUCUAUGGAAAGAUUAAAUGAAUCACAACAUAUACAUGAAAUCAAAUCAAAUCUCUUCAAUCAAUUUAGGGAUCCUAAAAUGAAUCAAUAUGAUGAUGAUAAUGCUGAUGAUGAUGACCAUGAUCAUGAUGGUGGCGAUGGUGAUCAUUCGAAACCAUUAAGUUAUGAUGCAAAAAAUGCAACAUUUUCACGUACUUCCGAGAAUUGUGAAUCAUCUAAAAAAAUUGUACGACGUAGAACAUUACCAGGAUUUUUAACACAACCACCAUUAGAUUUAAGUAAAUAUUCAAAUUUAACAACAUUACAAGAAAAUGGAAUCACGCCUAGUAACAAUACAUCAGUUACUAUGUGUAAUCAAUCGUCAAGUAGGAAUACUCAAAACAAUUUAUCAACUAUUCAACAUUUAUCAAAUCAUAACAUCAAUACUAAACAUGAACAAUCUUCUAAUAAUAAUUCAUCAGUGAUUUAUUUUACAGAUAAUGGUAUACGUAAAAGAGCUCAUGCUUAUUCUCCUAUUCAUGAAGAUUCGUUAUUAUUUACUCAUUUAUCACAAAAGAAUUCAAUGAAUAACUCAGGUAAAUUAGACUCAUUGAAACAAAUAUCUACAUUACCUAUUUCAAUGAAUAGAGAUAUACAAACUUCAUAUUUAACUAAUACUAAUCAUAUUAAUGUAAUGUCUACAAUGACAAAUACAUCACAACAAUAUUCUCAUUCAAGAAUGAAUCAAUCACCAUUCGUUGUAGCUAAUGUAAUAAUUGAAGAUCCACAAGAUCAAUUAACUCCAUUACCAAUAUAUUAUAAAGAAUCAAGAAUUGAUUUAUCUCAAAGUAUUAAACGUGGAAGUGUUCCAGAUGUGACAAAACAAAGUUCUACAUUAUCUCCAAAUGAUUUAUUAAAAUUAGAAGAAGAACAUAAAAGAAAAUAUGAGAAUAUAUUAGAUAGAAAACGUCAAGGUGAAAUAGUGAUACAACUUGUGGAUUUUUUUGAUUGGUGCCGUGUCAAUUUGUCCAUAUUAACAUUUAUAUUAGUCAAUUGCAUUUUAGCUUGUUUCUUUUACAUCAUUAUUUACAGUUGAUAAAAUAAUAAUCCAACAUACUUCCGGUGUAUAAAAUUUUUAGAAUGUGAAUCUAUUUCCAUGAUAUAUAUAACUUUAAAUGACCAAAAAAAUGGAUCCAAUCAUAUUGUGAUCAACAAAUUGUAGAAACUUUCAGAUCAAUCAUUUUGCUCAAUUCAAUUGUAGUUCGAAUUGUGAUUAUGAAUGGUCAACAAUAAUUAUUACCUUAAUAAUUGAUACUAUAUAAUGAAGAUUGUACAAAACAAGUAAUUCAAUAAUAUAUAUAUAUAUACUUAUUGAGAUUG